AUCGCCAGUCUUGGACGUGCUGCAAGCGCGGCGGACGUUUCGCGCCUUUUUUCGAAUAAAGAAUAGCUUUUUGUAUCGGUGCAGUGAUUUUUUAAAUACUAUUUUGGCUGUAGUUUGAAUAAUGUGAGAAGAUUGUGCUACUCAAUAACUUUUUUAUUUGAAUGUUAUUUCGAAAGUUCGAUAUGGGAAGUUCUUUUAGGAUACCCACCUAUAAAAAAAUGGGUAACACAAGAUGGCUGGCGUUGCUAGCAGCGUUUUUCACAUUUGUCACACCAGCACUAUCAAGCACUCCCAGAGUGGUAUGCUACUACACUAACUGGUCAGUCUACCGGCCCGGUACAGCCAAGUUCAACCCGCAGAAUAUCAACCCGUACCUAUGUACGCAUCUCGUGUAUGCUUUCGGAGGCUUCACGAAAGACAACACACUGAAACCCUUCGACAAAUAUCAGGAUAUUGAGAAAGGAGGGUAUGCCAAGUUUAAUGGCCUGAAGACAUACAACAAGAAUCUGAAGACAUUGCUGGCUAUUGGUGGUUGGAACGAGGGUUCAUCACGCUUCUCUCCAAUGGUCGCUGCCAAGGAACGCAGAAAGGAAUUUGUCAAAAAUGUUAUUAAGUUCUUAAGACAGAACCAUUUUGAUGGUUUGGACUUGGAUUGGGAGUAUCCAGCGUUCCGUGAUGGUGGAAAGCCCAAGGACAGAGAGAACUACGCCAAACUGGUGAAGGAGUUACGAGAUGAAUUUGACAGAGAGUCGGAGAAGACAGGCAAGCCUAGACUCUUGCUUACGAUGGCCGUCCCAGCUGGUAUAGAAUAUAUCGAGAAAGGAUUUGACGUGGAGACUUUGAACAAAUACCUGGACUGGAUGAACCUCCUCACAUACGACUACCACUCUGCCUUCGAGCCCGCAGUGAACCAUCACGCGCCUCUCUAUCCUCUCGAGGAACCCAACGAGUACAGCGUUGACAACGAACUCAACAUUGAUUACACAAUCAAAUUUUAUCUGGAAAACGGCGCCGACCCAGACAAGCUGGUUCUCGGAAUCCCAACAUACGGUCGCUCGUAUACACUCUUCAACCCUGAUGCUGUGGAGAUUGGCUCACCAGCCGAUGGUCCUGGAGAGCAAGGAGAUGCUACCAGGGAGAAGGGGUACUUGGCAUUCUAUGAGAUUUGCGAAGCACUGAAGAGUAAGAGCAAGAAGCGUGAGGUGUCCGAGGAAAAUUCAGAAGAAGAUGAAGAAGAAGAAGAAGAUGAAGAAUGGACUGUGAUGUUCCCGAAUAAGAAUGCUAUGGGACCCGUCGCUUACAAAGGAAACCAGUGGGUCGGGUAUGACGACAUUGACAUCGUGAAGAAGAAGGGAGAGUACGUCGCUGAGCGAGGACUUGGAGGUAUUAUGUUCUGGUCUAUCGACAACGACGACUUUCGAGGUAGCUGCUACGGCAAACCUUACCCGCUGAUAGAAGCUGCGAAGGAAGCUUACAUAUCGAAAUUGGGAUCAAAAGAGAACGCGAUAACGGAAUCAUCAAAGUCGUCUGGUAGCAGCUCCAGAAGGAGGCGCCCCAGACCCAAAGCCAGCUCCACUACAACUACCACCACAACACCCAAACCUUCCACGAGGAGCAACAAGCCUAAAUCAUCGGCCGUGAGCACCACUCCAACUUGGAAUAUCAUUACUCCUGAACCACCCACCACUCCCGAUCCUGGAUCUGAUUUCAAAUGUAAGGAUGAGGGAUUCUUCCCUCAUCCUCGUGACUGCAAGAAGUACUUCUGGUGCUUGGACUCUGGACCCUCGGACCUCGGUAUUGUGGCCCACCAGUUCACUUGCCCUUCUGGAUUAUACUUCAACAAAGCCGCGGAUUCGUGUGACUUUUCUCGCAACGUGCUCUGUAAGAUGCCAUCAGCUACCGCGAAACCCACCACCAAACCUACCCCCAAGACGACUGUAACUACCACCACUACAAGUACCACCACCACCAGACGACCAGUCAGACUUACCUCUAGAAGCUCUUUGCUAUUCAGAACAUCCACUACCACAACUCCUGAACCUGAGUUAAGUGAAGAAGAAGAAUUUUCUGACGAAGUAGUAGACACUGCCGAGGAGGACGCGGAAGACCCGAAGGUGAUUAAGGAACUUAUUGACCUGAUAAAGAAAGUUGGUGGUGUUGAACAGCUGGAAAAGCACCUUCGUUACUCGGAGACAGUGGGCAGCAGCACUGCGGAUGGUACUGCCACCACUACACCGACGCCGUUCAACAAGAAACUCUACCAGAAGGUGCUCGAGAGGGCGAGGGGAAAGAGCAAGUUCAACAGUAACAUUGGAUCAGAAGGUGGAGUGCAGAACAGCCGAAGUGGACCUCAGAACGCCGGCAUUGAACCCAGUAGCGACAGGGACAAGUCAUACAGAAAAGAUAGGCCACAGUAUGUAACAAUAAACCGCUCGAGGCAGCAGACAACAACUGAACCCCUCGAAAGCUUGGAGGAAGAUGAGACCGGCUCGGAAGAAGUGCAGCAAGUGUCGAGGUCCAGGAACCUGCAGCCGUCGGCUGCGGUGAACUCGGCUACUACAGCCAGGCAGUACGUGAACAUCAGGAGAACUAGGCCUACUACUGUCCCAGAUGAUGAGGAUGAUACUCCUUCUAGAAAUGCGCUCUUUGAUCGCUCGGAGCCGUUUGUUGCCGUAUCGGGUACUCCGAACACUUUAGAUGUAGUGAACUUCAGGAAGGAGACCACACCUGAGUACGUAACCAUUAGACGGACUCGCCCCACCACUCCCACCACUGAGGCUACAACAACUGUGCAGUAUAGAAACUCUGAAGAAGUUCAGGAAUCAAAAGAGACUGCUAUUGAAAGAAAAGUCCCAUCGCAAGCCCAACCUCAAUACUCAUCAAUAAUCAGAACGCGAUCUACGACCUUAUCUCCAACUGAAGAAAUAUAUACUCCAGAACCAACAACAAUUUUGUCAGUUCAGAUUUCAUCAUUAUUAAAUGCUCCUAGUCCCACCGACACAGACGAAUUGGAAGCUAAUCCGAUUCAAACGACAGAAUUGAUCGAAUCUGAAACUACAUCUACGCGUUCAUCCUCUGCUUUGACUACGACCACUAGUACAACCCCACCGACUACAAGACGUAACUUACUCCGCCGUCGAGGUUCUACCAAUCCCCCAACGACAACAUCUACAGCAGCAACCUCCACACAGGCUUUACGAGAGCGGCGGCCAUUCCUUCGUCGCACGAAACCAACAACAACACCAGAAACCACCGAAGAUAUAGAGACAUCCACAGACAAGUUCAACAGCAGAGGCAACUCAAAGUUCAAGAACCGAAAAACGGAAAAAGGUGUUGAGAAAUCGGAGAAACCAUCUCUCGAUAAGGCUGUGUCGCGAAAUGAGAAGCCGACAAGAACGUUCGUUAGGAGGCGAUUUGGUGGGGCGAACGUAACAUCGUCAGCUAGCACAACACUAUCGACCACCGCACCACCAAAGCGGCCGUUCCGCAUCGCUAGCCGACGUCGACCUUUUACUACCUCUACGACCACCACAACGGAAACUGCACCUACCACACAACUACUGGAGAGCGAGGAAGCCCUACAAGAUAUUGAUAUUGAUGCCAUUGAGGACCCAUUACUAAUUGAAAGGAAAGCUCCAAAGAAUGAUAAUGAACCACGCAGACGACCUCUGAUAGCCCUCAAGAGUGAUGACCAAAACCCGUCCGCUACUAACGAUGAGAAGAAAGAAAGGCAAAGCAAGAAAUACAGCUCCUCUUUCAGACAGAAUCAAUUAGAUGAGAUCAUUAAGGCAAGAACUAGUGCUGAAGUAGAAAUUACAACUGAGGGAAAAACUACUGUUGAUGUCACCGACGUAGAUAAUGCAGUGGCAUUAGCAGCUCACCAGCUCCUAGCAGCGCCAGUCCCAAUCACUCAAGAUUACGAUGAACCCAAAACAACACGAAGAUCCAGGCCUACUAGUAGAUAUUCCACGACGCCUUACACUGAACUACCAACGAAUACAGCAUACACUCAGUACAAUAGAAAUACAGUACGACAAGGAUUAUUUGAGACCUCAACGUUUGUAACUGAGACACCAACAUUCUCAACUAUUGCUGAUAGUACCAGGCCUACAUAUUCAUCUACAUCAUAUACAUCAAGACCCACAUACACAACAACCUCCAUUCCUACUUUAUCUGGUGUUUCAAUUAAUAUUGGAUCAGAGGGAUCUGGAGAAUCUACUGCUAGAUACACAUUCGAACCAAGUAUCCAAUCUACUACAUACGAGUAUGAAUCAAGAGUGUCUAGACCUAAACUGAGUACAAUAAACCCCACCGUUUCAGGAGUGUCUUUGGACUUAGGCGAAUCGACCGCAAGAUUUGCUGCUGUAGCAACAAAUACUGGAGUACCAGCAACUUUCCCUUCAACAGUUCCAAAUAAGUUUUCAAGGCCUGCUGCCUUUUCACCGAACCUUGUUAGUUUAGGUUUUGAAUCUGAUGAAAAGUCGGUGGGUUUCAAGAGUACAGGUCCAUCUACGGCUAGAUAUGAAAGUUCUAGUGCGAAGAUUCCGGUCCCUGUGAAUUUCUCUCCUUCAAGUGAAGCAGGCCUGACUCAGGAGACCUCGUACUUUACGAGGGAAUACCUCUUAGAAUCGCCAGUGACAAAAGCUUUUGAAGAUGACAUCCAAUACCUGUCUUCUACUACACCUUCCACAACACGGAGACCUUUGGGUAGGAGGAGAACAGUAUACCGUAGAAUCUCAACAACACGCCCUACGUCACCAAUAGCACAAACGACGGUGAAGCCACGCCGAACUACGAUCAAGCCAUUUGAAAAGAUAACAGUCCGAGAAGCAACGGGGAGAGGCCGAAGUUUGGGACAAGACGAAACAAACAUUAGACCUGCAGUAUUCGCCAGCUUUGAUGAUGGACAGGAGAAACUUGGAAUUAAAUAUGAGCAAGGAACUAAAGUGCAUUUAGAUGAAAAAGGUAAUAUUGAAUGUCUCGACGUCGGCAACUUCCCGCACCCCACAUCGUGCAAGAAGUUCAUAUCGUGUGCCAGAAUAAGAGGCGGCUCGGUCCUCGGCUGGGAGUACAUCUGUCCCAAAGGCCUCUCCUUCGACCCUGUGGGCGGCAUUUGCAAUUGGUCGGCUGGGUUGGGAUGUAACGAAAAAGAUAACUAAGUAAAACAGCCAAAGUUAGGUGCGAAUUUAUUAUUGCUAUUGGUUGUUCUAAAAAUUUCAAAGACAAUCUGAUUGUAAUUAUUCAGAGUAGAGAACUAAUAAAAUGCUCUUUCAUAUCGCAGAAUAUAAUUUAUAUACUGCACAUAAUUAUUCCAAAUAUUUUUUAAGUCGAAAUUGUCAAUAUUUCAUUAACUUAUAUAAGACUUUUUUAAUUAAUACUCUGUGGUAAAUAAUUCCUAGUUAUUUACCAUUUACUGCCAAUUUGUAAUUAUAUCGAAGUAAAUGACUACUAUUCUGACAAAUGUAAUUUGUAAAUGGAUUAUAAAUUAUGAGAUGUGCCUUAUUUUAUAUAAUUGUAGAUAUUAUAAUUUUAAUGUUAAAUAAAAAUAUAAAAUAUG